AUGGCAGAUCUAGCGCUCCUAGAAGAUGCUCAAGCUCCAUUGAGAAGAGAGAAAGCAUUUCGUGAUCGGAGUGACUUGUUGAGUGAGUCUGAUGACUGGCUACUAAGCUGCUUCCGUCUAUCAAGGCACGUCUUGGUGCAGUUGUUCGCGAAGUUAGAGCCACAGCUGGGACGGGAGACCCGGCGUUCUCGUGCCAUUUCGGUGCCACUGCAGGUGCUCUGGCACCGAAACCGACACUGGGUGUCCUGGCCACCGGGUAGCACCCACGAUGCCUUCAUUUUCCAGCACAGCAGUGUGGGCCGAAGACUGGAGAAGAGAGCCCCAAGAGGAGAUGGUUAUCUUCUCCCACCUCCUCUGUCAGGACAGAGGCCCAUCGUAGAGCCGCAAAUGUGCGGGGUUGGGAAGCAGCGGCUCGCGGAUUCUGUGCCGCGGACACAUCUCCAGUCUCUUCCCUUGGCCCAGGAUGCAGUGCACUGCCACUUGUUCCUGGCACUUCUACAAUAA